AGUAAAUAAAAAUCAAAUUUAAAAACUGGUCUAAUAAUUUUAUAUUAUUUACAAAGUAAGACCGAUUGUUAAACUAAAUUAAGUUUGUGUGAAAAUUAGAUCAUUAAAGUAUUUAAAAUAUAUAGAAAAUAGUUACAAAUUCCGAAAAGAAAUAAAUCGAAUAAAUCAACCAAAUUAACAUACGAAGGACAUGACAGCUAGAGCGUGACAGUUAUUAAAAACGAAUGUCAAAAAUCCAUUAAAUAAAAAUUAUUCCUUGCAUUAAUUUUUUGAAAAAGGUAAUAUUUCAAGAUUAAAAGGAAUUGUUUAGCAAAAUAUAUAAAUAUAACCUAAAAUAUUUAACAAAUUAUGCCAGAAACAUAACCUAAAAAAACAAACGUCAAAAUAAAUGUCAAAGAAAAAACAGUUCCAAACAAGUGGAAAAAAUAAUUGAUUAUUUACAGAUAAAAGUGUAGAGAAGAAUUACACUAAAGUGAAGUAAAUAAAGUUUAUUAAUUUCUAAUAAUUGUCACGCGUGUGAAAACACAGUGUUUUAAAGAAGUUAAAAGAGAAAAAGAUGGAAGGAGUUUGGUGCGCGUGGAUUAAGCGCACGAUAUGAAUCCACUCCCUUUGGAGCAAUUGUGAUGUGGGGAUCAUCCUCCAAGAGAAAAGUGUCAUAUAUUCGCUUUUAAAACUGUACAGUUUAUUUCAAAUUCAAUUAAUUGAGAAGUUUUUAAUUAUUUCCGUGAAUCGUAUCUGUUUCGAAAAGUCGAAUAAAAUCUACUUCUUGCAUUAUAAAUCACAACAGUUUUUAUAUGUCGGCUUGGCUACGAAUGGCGGCUGUCAAAUCGUGGAAAGUGCUUUCAGAUGAAACAGUUUUGGUGUUUCUUGUGAUUUUUGCAAUUAUCAAUAAUUUCAGUUGAGUGGGGCCUUGAAAGAAAAUAUUAGAGUUUGCUUGAAAAUUCUAUGAUUUCCUGUUUAUACCACGUUAUUAAGUACUACUUUUAUGACAUCCGGAAAGGAAACCAUGGGGGAACAGCCGAUUUUCACGUGCAAGGCGCACGUGUUUCACAUUGAUCCAAAGACAAAAAGAUCAUGGGUGUCAGCAUCCACGGCAGCAGUUUCAGUUUCUUUUUUUUAUGAUUCAACGAGAAGUUUGUAUAGAAUUAUUUCUGUGGAUGGCUCGAAGAAUUUUUCCCAGGCGGUUAUUAACAGCACAGUCACGCCCAAUAUGGCAUUUACGAAGACUUCUCAAAAAUUCGGUCAGUGGUCAGAUGCGAGAGCAAAUACUGUCUAUGGUUUGGGUUUUUCAUCCGAAGCCGAAUUAGCUAAAUUCAUUGAGAAAUUCCAUGAAGUUAAGGAAGCUACAAAACUUGCUGGCAGUAAGUUGCAAUCGAACAGUUCGUCCGUUACACCAGCAACGAGUGCAAAUGUUAGUCCAAUUACAUCACGAUCUGGAAUGACAUCCGGCGAUCAGGAUUUAAUUGACCCACCAAAUUCGUCAAUGAUGAAUUCCAAUAUGUCAGCGUCAAGUAAUCAAAAUUCAAAUGCAAAUAUGAUAGCUACUCAGAAUAAUGUCUCAUCGGUUAGUAGCAGUCCUUUACUUAGUGGUAUAUGUCAGGUGAAAGAUGAAGAAUUGAAAAAUGCAUUACACUCGAGAUCGCAAAGCAUCUCACAACAAAAUACCGAGAGUCCUCAGCAUCAGGGAAAAUCAUCUCAGCAUAAUGCUGCUCAAAGUGGUCAAUCAGCCGAAAUGCAACUCAAAUAUGAGAACGAUAGGUUGAAACUUGCACUCGCACAAAGUUCCGCCAAUGCCAAAAAAUGGGAGGUGGAGUUGACUAAUUUAAAGACAAAUAAUGCAAGAUUGACUAGUGCUCUUCAGGAGUCAACAGCAAAUGUUGAUGAAUGGAAGAGGCAGUUGCAACUCUAUAAAGAAGAGAAUACACGAGUGAAAACAAGAUAUGCAGAUUUAGAAGCUGGCAAAAUUGCCGAAGGAAAUGUCGAAGCAUUAAGGUUACGAGUUGAAGCCUUGGAAAACGAACUUAGAACGCGAAAUGAAGAAAUCAAAGCAUUUACAAUGGCAACUAAAAAUAAGGACUACAUGGUUUUACAAAAGGAGAAUGCCGACCUUCAUGACAUGUUAAAUGUGGUUCAUGAACAAUUGGAACUUGCAUUGGGUGCCAAUAAAGUUCAAAAACAAAAUUUGGACACAUUAAAUACCAGAUUAGCUGGACACAUUCAAGAUUUAGUCACUGUACAUCGAGAAAUUUCAAAUACGUUACAAACUUAAGAGUCCUUUUAAAGAGACUUUUUUUAUAUCGACCAUUAGAUUUAUAUGUGCGAAUGACUAUAUAUUAAUUCUACAAAAGGGUUGUGUUGUAGCUGAAUACCUGAUUUAAAAUCGCACUAUAGUAAAAUUUACUGUCGCAGAGUAAAUUUUUUUUAAAAUUAUAAUACUCAACGUUUUAGUACUUGAAGUAUUUUUAAAUGACAUUUUUUUAAAAGUUUUUUUAGUUUUGGGACUUUUUAUCAAUGUUUCGUAAGUUUUACGAAAUUUUUUGUUAAAAAGAAUUUUUAAAUUAUUUAUAAUUGUAAUUUCUAUUUGUAUAAAUUUCCAAAUUUAUUUCCAUUUAAGAAUGGAAAAGUUUUCUUUAGAGGUAAAAUUUGCUUUAAAGGUAAAAAUUGCUUUGAAUAAAUCAAAUUUUACUUUCUUUGGAAAUAAGGGUAUGCUUUUCAAAAAAAGGGGUUUUUAAAAAAACAUUCAAAAUACUGUGUUCAUAGAAAAAUUUUAUCUAAAAGUACUGAAACAACAUGAAUUUUGAAUUUUGAGAUAGUUAUUAAACAUAUCAUAAGAAUUCCAUUUUGCACAACAGCAUCUAGUGUUUUCAGUACACAAUUCUAUCUAUGCAGAACACAAUUUAAAUGAGAAAAAGAAGAAGAAAAAAAAAGAGAUGCACAAUGAUAGUACGAGUUAGUUAUUUUUUAUUCAAAAAUCUAUUUUAAUUUUUAAUCGUAAAUUUAUAUCGAUGGAGAAAUAAUUCUAUCGCUACUAUUAGUCAUAAGUUGCUUUAGAAAGCCAUAUACAUAACAAUUUAUUUUCAUUUUUCAUACAAUGAUUCUUGUGCUUCCAAUCGAAAUGAAAAAAGUAUUCGAAUAAGCGUGUUUAAGCUUUUUUUUAAUUUUUCAAAGCAAGAAUCUAAAAUUGCUUUUCUUUUAUAAAUUUUCUAUUCAAUAGGAGCUCUGUACAAAUUAGUUUUUAUUUUAUGCACAAGAUUUUUCCCAAAAUAUAAUCACAAAUGAAGACCAAUAAAUAAAAAAAAAUGAACACUUAGUGGAAAAAAUAAUUGUGAGCAAUAUUAAAGUAAUAAAAAAACGAGUUGUUAAGAAAACUCGUAAAUAAUUGUCACAUUUAGUGUUUAGUAGAAUUGUUUAGAAGAAAGUGAAGCUAGAAGUUAAAGUUAGAUCUGUUACUUGCACAGAGUUCCUGUUGUAUUUUUUAGCUUGUGAUGUCAGAAGUAAUUUUCAUUCGAAAUUUCUAAAACAUUUUUUUCCAAGUACUAAAUAUUUAUUUAUCAAUAUAUUGUCUGUACUGAAUAUUUAUUAAUAUUGUAAAAAGUACUUGGUAUUAAAAAAUAUUUCGU